AUGAUCUUGGGCUUUGGACCAAGGUUUUCAACUUGUGCUUCUUGGCCUCAGAGGCUGGGCUGGGGUUUAACAAAUCUUGAACUAAAACCUAAUAGUAGUUAG